AUGGCAUAUGAAAAUUAUACAGUAAAAAAUGUUGACAGCUUUAUAAUCACUGGAUUUGAUCACCUGCAAAAUCAAAAAUUCCUUGGAUUUCUAAUCUUUUUAACCUACACGCUCAUACUGCUUGGGAACGGCAUCAAUCUGUGCAUCAUCUUGACUGACAGACAUUUACACAAACCAAUGUACAUAUUAAUCUGUAACCUUGCUGUUGUCGACAUCAUGUACUCCUCUACCUGCGGCACAACCAUGAUCUCAGUGCUGCUGGCUGAGAUUAAAACCGUUUCAUACUACUCUUGUAUAUCAAGGGCUUUCCUAUAUCAUCUUGGUGAUUUUACAGAAUGCAUGGCUCUGACCCUGAUGGCAAUAGACCGGCUUAUUGCAAUUACGUUUCCGUUAAGGUACCACAGCAUUGUAACGAAUUCACGAGUAUUUCUGCUUAUUGUUAUAACCUGGCUCGCUGGAUUCGCUGUGCUGGGAGUUAUAAUGUCUGUAGCGGACAGUCUCCCAUACUGUCAGCCGAUCAUCAGAUAUGUGUUUUGUGACUAUGCUUCAUUGAUUAGAGCUGCUUGUGUUAAUCCUGAACCUUAUUUUUUCAUGCCUGUAAUGUUAAGUUUGUGGCCAACGGUUGGACAGUUUCCCUUUAUAUUGUGCACCUAUGCUGUGCUGGCAUACAGCGUGAGCAAACUCACAAACAAUGCAAGCAAAAAUCAAAUGAUCAACACAUGUUUAAGUCACCUUAUUGUCUUGUUUAGUUUUUUUGUGCCAAAGGUUGUCUCGUCCUUGCUAACUCGAAUAGGAGUUGUGCUAACUUUAACGCAGCGAAAUGCAAUGUUGAUUGCUGCCUCUCUGGUUCCACCUCUAAUAAACCCCGCUGUUUACUGCAUCAGAACUAAAGAGAUCAGAAAACGAUUAGCGGAUGUGCUUUUGCACAAAAAAAUUGGUUCAUUAGGUUUCUCAUAA